AUUGAAAAUCCUUUUUUUAAUUCUUUUUUCUUAAAAAAAUAAAGCGAAAUUAAUUCUCGGAGCUCGGACUUGAGCUGUUAUCUACGAUUUGAUUCAUCAUCAUGGAUUGUUUUCGGUCCAGAUACAAUGGCGGCUUAGCAGCCCAUAACUAGACGCCUGAUUCUCCAGCUGAUCGACCUUUAGGCUCAGACUUCUUUUAAAUACUCUGAUGCUUCCUGUUCCCUCUGAUGGAUCCUGUCUGUUGACUCUCAGUUACCGGUUGCAACCUUAUCAUUAGUCUACAUUCUACUUGGUAUAGAUCACUCAAACGCUCCUAGGUUCUAUGCUCUGUCUGAGCUUCGGUUAAUCUUCCCAAACCAUCCUGACUUUAUACUUCCUGCCAUCUAUACUUGCUACUGCGCCUUUAAAUUUGCUUAGCAUACCUUCUCUUUCCCGCACAAGAUGCAUCGCUCUACGAGCAACUCGUACCAUCAGUCUUCGAGCUCCCGAAGCUCAUCCACCCACGGCUCCAGCAGUGCUUUCAGUCCCAAUGCCAACCCUAACGAGGACUGGACAAAGAUCUCAGAUCUUGCUGAACGUCGACGGAUACAGAAUCGCAUUGCUCAGAGGAACUACCGCAAGAAACUGAAGCGUCGCUUGGAGGACCUGGAAAAGAGGGCUGCCUCUGCUUCAGAGUCGCCAGAACGGUCCCACGAGAAACCGGAGCUGCCGAAGCAUGCGAAUCCUGUCAAAUCUCGCAGCAGGAACAAUCGCUCGUCCAAGUCAAACUCGGAGACCAGUCACAGCUCCAGGGAACGCCUUCCUCCUUACGACUGCUACAAUAGCCAAGACGACCGGGGUGCCAUGUUCUCUCACCAAUGCACAAGGCAACUGUCAGCGUCGCCCCCACCUGUGUUCUCAUACCCCUCGUAUCCGCACCUGGACCCAUACAGACAGUCCAACUAUGGCACCUCUCCCGCAUACAGUUCGACUUACAGUGACUUGUCGUCCUUCCAAGGGGAGUAUGGAACCCCAGUGCCUUCGAUCAUGCCUGUUGCGAUGUCUGCAGGCGGGCCACUGAAGAGACCACAUACAUAUGCGGACGAAGAGAUCAUCAGUCCCUUCAGUAUGAGCUACGCGACUAUGGCCGGCAUUGACUUGUGUCCGACUUCUCACCAUCCGGGUGAAUCUAAUAUUUCUAUCCCAUCUCUCUGUCAAUUAUUUGCUGAGGAUCAUUCCUCUCCGUCUACACCCGCUGAGACGUCCAUUCUCACGUGUCCUCUCACACCCGAGUCGGACCCGUGCUCCCCGCAUUCGUUUCCCUUUCUGUGAUUGAGCUGUCGUCGCUUAAUUGAGUUGUUGAAUUACCAAAUUUCUUUUUAAUGAUGUUACGAUACGCUUGGCCGGAUGGGAGUUAUGAACAAUCGGGUGUUGCUCUCCGCGGCGAUCUUGGCUUUUUUUCUUUCCUCGCUCAUUCUGGGCUGUUAUUCGUUUACGAGCUGAAUCGUUCUGCUCGGAGAAGAUCUCCUAUCAUAUGACGAUUUCUGGGCUUUCGGAUGCCCAUGUGGUGAUGCAUGACUCGGGGCGUUCAAUGUUUUACAUUAAGAGACGGAAGUUCAUCUUAGGAGUUGGAAUGGGAAUUGGCAGCAAUGCUGGGUUGAUUCACUCUUUUGUUUGUCCAUCCACCUUUCGCUCGUUCCGUCUUUCGGUUCCACUUGGAUUUAUUAGAAUACCAAAUGAAAUUAUAACCAAACAAUUGGC